GAUAGGCCUACAUUUAAAGUUAUAGGCUACACCAGAAGGCAGAACGCAGCGAAGAAAAAAGAGCCAACCACCUAAACCAGCAAUAGAUUGUCUAAUUAUAUUUAGCCUUAGUUAUGGCCGCACUUGAACCAUAUGAGGAUUAUAUUCGUGAACUAUUUCACAAUGGAAAGACACACGACGAGAUCAGUACCGCUCUAAGGCAAUCUGGUGCACCGAAGUGCUCAGUUAUGACGGUGAGGAGGUUAUAUGUGGAGCACAACCUGCGAAGAAGAAAUCUAGUUUCCGACACGGAUUUGGAAAUGGCAGUGGUUACUUCCUCAACAAGGUAGGCCUAUGUGUGUAUUUAAUCUUUAAGUAUUUAAACUUUUAAGUAGGCCUAUAGAUAUACAUAAUCGAUGUGUUUUAACAGACGGGACCGACCUAUGGUCGAAAACUUAUGACGGGAUACCUAUCAUCGAUCGGUGUGCAUGCUGGGGAAAGCAGAGUUGGGAGAGUCUUACGAGACGAGACGUUCAUCAGCCAGACCACGAUUUACGAAGACAUGUAAGUAAUUUAGAGUAAGUAAACAGUGAAAAGUAAAUAUUCAUGAAACACUGGAGCAAAAAUAAUUUUAAUUAUACUUCUCUUCCUUUCAAAGGGUGCUCGUAAUCUGAACCCCAUUCCCUACCAUGCAGAAUAUAUGGGCCAUAAACUCCAUAUGGAUCAAAAUGAGAAGCUCGGCAUGUUCGGUGUCACACAUGUGGUGGCAGUUGACGGCAACAGCAGCAAAAUUGUUGCAAAUGCCACCAUGCCUGUGAAAAACAAUCUGAUUAUUUAUGAGCAGGUAUACAGGUGUGCAGUGGUUGCCAAUGGGAUGUGGGACCAAGUCAGAGUUGACCAUGGGAAGGAGUUCUAUCUGUGCCUGUACAUCCAGGAAAUCCUUUCCAGGCACAGGUAUAACCUCAGCAGGCAACCAUACUUGCAGACUACAUCUUCAAGGAAUCUUAGGGUGGAGCGGAUUUGGCCUGAAGUCAAUAACUGGGUAAACUACCCACUGAAGCAGGCCCUGGUGCACCUGACUGACCAAGAGGCCAUAGACAUGCAGGACAACACAGUGAAGUUCUGUGUGUCUAACCUGACGUGCCAACUCAGCCAGAUUGGGCUAGACAGGGUUGUGCAGUCAUGGAAUGCACAUAGGAUUCCAGGUAGAGGAAUACCUAAUGAACUAGCUGCAGCAGGAUGCCCAGCACAGAUAUCGGAGGACCUGCUACCCAGUGCUUUUGUUGCUGCUGACAGAUAUGAGCAGGAGUUUGGAAGCUCUCUCAGCAGGGAGGCAGCCUUUGGUGUGGACCCCUUUCACACUGAGGAAGACAGGAGCCGGGCAGAAAGGGACUUUGCGGUGGCCUACCCUGAUCCCUCUGUCAUUUUUGACAAUGUGGUCAACAAUGACCAUAGUGCAUUUCAUGAAGCCCUUUUCUGCCUGCUGAAUGCCACGGAGAGGAAUGUGUGAAAUGUUUUGAUGGAUGUGUGACUGCCUGUGUAUACUGUUAAGUGUUAAGUGUGAUUAACUGUAAAUGUUCUUAAUGAUGCUGUUAAUAAUGUAUGUGUUUAUCUGCCGUUUUCACAGUGGAGUUUGAAGAAAAGACUUCAAUAAAACCUGUUGCAAGAAAACCACUUGUGUCUGCAAAUGCUUGAGAGGGAUUUAUAGAACUGUCAUAACCGGACAGCUGCUAAAUAUUUUACAUUUGUCCAUCUACACGUGAAUCACUAUUCUAUAACCAAACAAAAUAGUAUGUAAAAUUAAUGACAAUAGAACGAUUUUCAGAAAGAACUACAAUUUAAUGGGCAAAUAACAAUUUAACAUAACAUUUUAACACAUAAUAAUAGUAAUAACUAAUUUAAAAUAGAAUAAAACAUAAAAAUGAAAGGUAUAUUGAUAACUAACAAAACAUGAACAUUUGGUGAACAAAAACAAUAACUUAAGAAAUUAUAUUAUGCAGUACAGCCAGUGCCUCGUCCAGCCCCACCACUGGCUGCGUGUUGCCUCCGUAAAAGUCCACACCUCUGCAUUUAGGGCAGUAGGUGUGGCUAACCUGCCAUUGCUCCACACAGCUGCUGCAGCCCAGGAUGGUUCUGCAGCAGCUGGCAAAUAUGGGCUCCUCAAUAGGAUCUGCAGUUUAAAUAGAG